CCUUGUCUGCCCGUCUUGUUUGCCUUCAUGCUGCUUCCGGCCUCCAGGGGGCGACCACGUGCGCUGCAGCUCCGACACGUAGAAGAAGAACAAGCUAAGCCGCUAGCAAGUCGAUUGUUUCAACACCUCCGUUCUCUCCGUGGUGCUCAUGUCUGCAGACACAAAGAUCGCUGAGCUGCUCACUGAGCUCCAUCAGCUCAUCAAACAGACUCAGGAGGAGAGGUCUCGCAGUGAACACAAUCUGCUCAACAUUCAGAAGACACAUGAAAGGAUGCAGACUGAAAACAAAACGUCCCCAUACUACCGCACCAAGCUGAGAGGACUGUACACCACCGCCAAGGCGGAUGCAGAGGCCGAGUGCGGCAUCCUGCGCCGCUCUCUGGAUAAAAUUGCUGAGAUCAAGUCCUUGUUGGAGGAGCGAAGGAUCGCCGCCAAGAUGGCGGGAGUGUACAACGACAGCGACCCCCCCAGGAAGACCAUGAGGCGCGGCGUUCUGAUGACGCUCCUCCAGCAGUCGGCCAUGACGCUGCCUCUGUGGAUCGGCAAACCCGGCGAGAGCCCUCCCCCUCUGUGCGGGGCCACGCCCGCCAGCGGUGACUACGUGGCCAAGCAGGGCGACAAGGUGGCGGCCAGGGUCAAGGCCGUGGACGGAGACGAGCAAUGGAUCCUGGCUGAGGUGGUCAGCUACAGCCACGCCGCCAACAAGUACGAGGUGGAUGACAUCGAUGAAGAAGGCAAAGAGCGACACACACUCAGCAGGCGCCGCAUCAUCCCUCUGCCUCAGUGGAAGGCCAACCCUGAGACGGACCCUGAGGCUCUCUUCAACAAAGACCAGCUGGUGCUGGCCCUCUACCCCCAGACCACCUGCUUCUACCGCGCACUCAUACACACACGUCCCUACCGGCCACAAGACGACUACUCGGUGUUGUUCGAGGACACGUCGUACGCUGACGGUUAUUCACCGCCCCUCAACGUGGCGCAGCGUUACGUGGUCGCCUGCAAGGAGAACAAGAAGAAGUGAUGUGCGUGUGUGUGCGAGUGUGUGUGUGUGUGUGUGUGUGUGCGUGUGCGUGAGUGUCUGUGUGCAAGUGUCUGUGUGUGUGCGAGUGUCUGUGUGUGUGUGUGUGUGUGUGUGUGUGUGUGUGUGUGUGUGUGUGUGUGUGUGUGUGUGUGUGUGUGUGUGUGUGUGUGUGUGUGUGUGCCCAAAGAUGUGGUUAGAUAGAGGUGAAGUGUAUUUCAUCAAUCCAUCCAUUUUCUACUGCUUGUCCCUUUGGGGGGUGGCGGUGGUGUAUUUCAUACAAAAUAAUAAAUGUGAUUUUUGUAAUCUUGA